AUGUCUACGAAAUUUGCUCUUGUCACGGGAUGCGGCCAGGGUGGCAUUGGCGAGGCCCUCGUCACCGAGUACACUCGUCGCGGCAUCCAUGCCAUUGCCACUGUGCUUCCUACGGAGCCAAGCGACCAUCUCGCGCGCGCCGGCAUUACUUUCUUUCCUUUGGAUGUCACCAACGAGGAGUCUGUCGUGGAGUUGAAAGCUCGUGUGCAGAAGCUUACGGGUGGGCGUCUGGAUGUCCUCGUCAACUGCGCUGGCAUCGCGUAUACCAUGACAGCCAUUGACACAGAUGUUGCUGCCGUGCAGCGCAUGUUUAACAUCAAUGUCUUUGGUCCUAUGCGAAUGCUGCACCACUUCCACGAUAUGAUCAUCAAAGCCACCGGAGCAAUUGUGAAUAUUGGCUCAGUCGGAGGAGUGGUUCCCUACUUAUACGGAUCCUCUUAUAAUGCGACCAAGGCAGCGCUUCAGCACUGGUCAAACACUUUGCGUGUUGAGAUGGCCCCGUUUGAUGUCAGGGUUAUCACGGUUAUAUCGGGAGAGGUGGCCACUAACAUUCUAAAGAACGAUGCACAUAGGCGGCUACCAGAAGGAUCGUACUAUUCCCCUCUUGCGGAGAAUUUCCAGCAGCAUGUCACAAGGAUCCCGCCCGGAACCACGGAUCGAUUCCAAUAUGCCGCAAAUGUCGUUGCAGAGAGCUUAAGAUCAUCCCCUUCAGCGUGGUUUUGGUACGGUAGCAAGACCACUAUCGUUCGUUUUCUCGAUAUGUUUUGCUGGCGCACAAUUUGGGACUCCCUAUUCUGGAGGAUGUUUGAUUUAGGAAAGCUGAAAGAAGCUCACUCCGCGAAGCUUUAGAAACAGGUGUAAAUUACCAUGGAAGUAUGGGGUAGAAUGGUGGAUAUCAGUAUAAUUAUCAAACGGUCAGAUGGAAUGCAUGUCACUAUAGAUCGCUGAAGAUAAUUCUGUUUACAAGAAGCUAAACAUGGGAAUACGAAUACUGUAAAACCUCGCUAUAACGAGGUUCUCAUUAUAGCGAGGAUAUACAUAUUUUAACUGAAAAAUAGCCUCUAUGGCGAUAUAUAUAUAUAUAUAUAUAUAAUAAAAUACUUACUAAC